GUUUACUUAUAUAUGCAGAUAUCCCCUAGCGAUAAUAUCAUUAUCAAUCGGAUCUGUCAAUGAAGGAACCGGAGGAUCCGAGAAUAAUGAACUCCGAUUAAUUCAUCGUAACUGCGUAUAAUUUCAUGGAUACAUCUGGACCGUGAAGCAAUCGAUCAUUCUAUUGUUCUAUAUUAAACAGUCUUGAAACAUGGCAUUGACAAAUAUUUUGCUGCUGAGCCAAAUAGCGGGCUACGUCGUAGCUCUUAUCCUGUCACUGUGUAUCAUUGUGCCUAUGAGCCUACAUCAGGAUGAAUUUAGAGGACAUUGUCUUCUGUUUUCAACUGGAGUGUGGCAGGAAUCGGAUGGUCAAUUUGUGGUAAAUUGGGCAUCACAGGCGUAUUGCAAUUACACGAUAUUUGUAGGCUUGAUACUUCUCGUGACAUCAACAAUACAAAUCUAUCGAUUGUCCUUAUUCAUGUAUCGUAACGAAGACAGCUCGUUUCUCUCUGCAUUUAUAGAUGUUGUCACUUCCAUUAUUCUUAUUAUUGUUACUUUAAUCGCGGCAAUUAUAGUAACUUUGGGUUUUAUGACAUGGUGUCAAUGUAUGACCAAAAGAUUUCCAUCAUGCGAACUAGCAUCUGGAAAUGAUAUAGAUAAGGCUGAUGGUAUCGAUACAUCUGGUUUUUACAUUGAGCUUGGUGCUGCUCAGUUUGGCAUUUGGAGCAGUCUGUCAAUUUGGGUUGGUUUGUCAGUUUUUGCUGUCUUAAAACUAUUAAGAUAUCAUCAGCUGGAAAAUAUGAAAGUCUCCAUGUACAGAGCGAGGCAAAAAUUAAUAGAAGCUACCACAAGUAAUCAGCAGCAGGAGCCAAGUUAAAAUUUGAUAACCAAACAUUUUUUCAGGAGUGAAUUUGAUAAUACUUUUGUUAAUUUGACGAAUGAGAUUUAAAUCUUAAAAAACUUGCAUACAUGUAAAUAUUUACAUCAUAUGAUAUUCUUUGUUAAUUUCAAAGCGCACAAAGUUACUGCUAGCAAAAUGAAUAUUGGUAUAAUACAUAUGUUUGAUUCAGAGUCAAUCAAUUUUGCAAAAAA